CUUCCUCCACAGUUCCAUAACCUUCAGGAGUUGAGGCAGAGUCCGUCUCUAGCCACCAAGGUGUUCAUCCAGAGAGACUACAGCGAAGGAACCGUCUGCCGCUUCCAGACCAAAUUCCCCUCCGAGCUGGGCAGCAGGAUCGAGCGGAUGCUGUUCGAGGACACAGUAAAGACAUUGAACACCUACUAUGCGGAGGCAGAGAAGGUCGGAGGCCAGUCCUACAUGGAGGGAUGUCUGGCGUGCGCUACAGCCUACUUCAUCUUCCUCUGUAUGGAGACACGCUAUGAAAAGGUAUUGAAGAAGAUCUCAGGGUAUAUCCAGGAACAGAAUGAGAAGAUCUACGCUCCCAGAGGUCUGCUACUGACUGAUCCUGUAGAGAGAGGCAUGAGAGUCAUCGAGGUGAGUGUGUUUGAAGACCGCGGUUCGAGCGGCUCUAGCCCCAGCAGCAAUGUGUCGUCUGGAAUCAGCCAGCGGUGA